AGGGAGAGCCCGGCAUGCGACCAGCAGGUGGCAGCAUUGCCUAGGGAAUAGUGUGGGGAGGGGUCGGCCAGGCUCCCAGCCAGCACAGACCGACCCUCUGCCCUGGCCAGGACCAAGGACCGGAGGGUCACCAGCAAGCCUGGGCAACCCCGGGCGAGCGGCCUCGGCUCCCAGCCCAGGGUCGGCUUGAGGCAGGGCCAGGGAGCGAGGGGAGCUUCCUGAGGCCCUGGUUCUGUCUGGAGGAUCCACUCCCCGCCCCGCCUGCUCCUGGGCCCCUGCGCCAGCUGCACAGCCCUCCCUCUGGCUGGCCCCGGCCUCAUGCUGUGCGGGGGGGUGGGGGCCCAGGAGCACAGCCCUGUCCACUACCCCACGGACGAGGGCAGCGGCCAGGGCCCCCUCUGCUUGCUGGACAACAACCAGGCCCACUUCAUCCUGGUGGAGCCUGGGCCCCCUGGGAAGGGGGAUGGGCUGACGGAGCUGAGGCUGAGACUGGAGAAGCACAUCUCGGAGCAGAGAACUGGCUACGGGGGCACCAGCAGCAUCGAGAUCCCCGUCCUCUGUCUGCUGGUCAAUGGUGACCCCAGCACCCUGGAGAGGAUUUCCAGGGCCGUGGAGCAUGCUGCCCCGUGGCUGAUUCUGGCAGGCUCAGGGGGCAUCGCGGACGUGCUGGCAGCCCUGGUGAACCAGCCCCACCUCCUGGUGCCCCAGGUGGCCGAGAAGCAGUUUAAAGAGAAGUUUCCGGGUGAACAUUUCUGCUGGGAGGACAUCGUACACUGGACUGAGCUGCUGCAGAACAUCACCUCCCAUCCGCACCUGCUCACUGUGCACGACUUCGAGCAAGAGGGCUCUGAGGAGCUGGACACCGUCAUCCUUAAGGCGCUGGUGAAAGCCUGCAAGAGCCACAGCCAGGAAGCACAGGACUACCUGGACGAGCUCAAGCUGGCCGUGGCCUGGGACCGCGUGGACAUCGCCAGAAGCGAGAUCUUCAAUGGGGACGUGGAGUGGAAGUCCUGCGACCUGGAGGAGGUGAUGAUGGACGCGCUGGUGAGUGACAAGCCCGAGUUUGUGCGGCUCUUUGUGGACAACGGCGCCGACGUGGGGGACUUCCUGACCUACGGGCGGCUGCAGCGGCUCUACCGCUCCGCGCCCCCCAAGAGCCUGCUGUUCGACCUGCUGCAGCGCAAGCACGAGGAGGGACGGCUGACGCUGGCCGGCCUGGGCGCCCAGCAGGCCCGGGAGCCGCCCGUGGGCCUGCCCGCCUUCUCCCUGCACGAGGUCUCCCGCCUGCUCAAGGACUUCCUGCACGACGCCUGCCGUGGGCUCUACCAGGAGGAACGGGCCCCGGCCAGGCGGCCCGAGGGCAGGAAGUGGCUGCUGGAUCUGAGCCGCAAGAGCGAGAACCCCUGGCGGGACCUGUUCCUCUGGGCCGUGCUGCAGAACCGCCAUGAGAUGGCCACCUACUUCUGGGCCAUGGGCCAGGAGGGGGUGGCCGCUGCUCUGGCCGCCUGCAAGAUCGUCAGAGAGAUGGCGCACCUGCAGACGGGGGCGGAAGUGCGCCGCACCGCGAGCGAGGCCAAGUAUGAGCAGCUGGCCCUGGGCCUCUUCUCCGAGUGCUACAGCAACAGCGAGGACCGCGCGUUCGCCCUGCUGGUGCGCAGGAACCGCUCCUGGAGCAGAACCACCUGCCUGCACCUGGCCACCGAGGCCGACGCCAAGGCCUUCUUCGCCCACGACGGGGUGCAGGCUUUCCUGACCAAGAUCUGGUGGGGGGACAUGGCGUCGGGCACGCCCAUCCUGCGGCUGCUGUGUGCCUUCCUCUGCCCGGCCCUCAUCUACACCAACCUCAUCACCUUCAGUGAGGCCGCACCAAGGACGGGCCCCGAGGGCCUGCAGGAGCUGGACAGCCUGGACACGGAGAAAAGCCUGCUCUGCAGCCCGGGCAGCGGGCCGGACGAGCGGGCCGAGGCAGCGAGGGCUCGGGGCGCCCGGGGGCCGCACGCCGUCUUCCUGCUCACGCGCUGGCGCAUGUUCUGGGGCGCGCCCGUGACCGUGUUCCUGGGGAACGUGCUCAUGUACUUUGCGUUCCUCUUCCUGUUCACCUACGUCCUGCUGGUGGACUUCAGGCCACCUCCUCAGGGGCCGUCUGCGGCUGAGGCCGCCCUCUACUUCUGGGUCUUCACGCUGGUGCUGGAAGAGAUCCGGCAGGUCAGCGGUGGACUGAGCCCGCUGAGCCCGGACCCCCUGGACCCCAGCCUGGGGUGGGCGGGGCUGUCUCCAGUGAGCUGUCUGUCAGUGGACGGUCUGCCCCUCUGCCAGGGCUUCUUCAGGGACAAGGACACGCAGCUGGUGAAGAAGUUCGUGCUCUACGUGGAGGAUAACUGGAACAAGUGUGACAUGACGGCCAUCUUCCUGUUCGUUGUCGGAGUCACCUGCAGGAUGGUGCCCUCCGUGUUUGAGGCGGGCCGCACAGUCCUUGCCGUGGACUUCAUGGUGUUUGCGCUCCGACUCAUCCACAUCUUCGCCAUCCACAAGCAGCUGGGCCCCAAGAUCAUCAUCGUGGAGCGCAUGAUGAAGGACGUCUUUUUCUUCCUCUUCUUCCUGAGCGUGUGGCUUGUGGCCUACGGCGUGACCACGCAGGCACUGCUGCACCCCCACGACGGGCGCCUGGAGUGGGUCUUCCGCCGCGUGCUCUACCGGCCCUACCUGCAGAUCUUCGGGCAAAUCCCUCUGGACGAGAUCGAUGAAGCCCGUGUGAACUGCUCCCUGCACCCCCUGCUGCAGGAGGACUCCCCCUCCUGCCCUAACCUCUACGCCAACUGGCUGGUCAUCCUCCUGCUGGUCACCUUCCUGCUGGUCACCAACGUACUGCUCAUGAACCUGCUGAUCGCCAUGUUCAGCUACACGUUCCAGGUGGUGCAAGGCAACGCCGACAUGUUCUGGAAGUUUCAGCGGUACCACCUCAUCGUGGAGUACCAUGAGCGCCCCGCCCUGGCGCCACCCUUCAUCCUGCUCAGCCACCUGAGCCUGGCGCUCAAGAGGGUUUUCUGGAAGGGGGCCGAGCAGAAGCGGGUGCACCUGGAGAGAGACUUGCCGGAGCCCCUGGACCAGAAGAUGGUCACCUGGGAGGCGGUUCAGAAGGAGAACUACCUGAGUAGGCUGGAAAAGCAGAGGAAGGACAGCCAGGAGGAGGUGCUGCGAAAAACCGCCCACAGGGUGGACUCUGUAGCCCAGCACCUCGGGGGGCUGAGAGAGCAAGAAAAGCGCAUCAAGCGUUUGGAGUCGCAGAUCAACUACUGCGCGGUGCUCCUGUCCUCCAUGGCCCAGAGCAGCUCCUCCUGCACAGACUCCCAGACCUUGAAAGGCGGACGCGAGCAAGCCUCUGCUCGCCACCGAAGCGACGCAGACAGCAGUGAGCGCCUGGAGGCUGGCCGGCUGCUCUCAGACACCUGAGCCACGUGGACUGUCCGCAUGUGGGGCCCACCUCCCAGCGUCCCGAUCACGAUGGACAGGCAGGGACACGGCUCUUAGCUGGCCAUCCCAGCCCCGCAGACACACCAAGCUUCCCCCACCUCUGGUGGCGCCCUCAGUGGGCUGUGACUCUAGUGGCCUUGCCCUGCCUGGUGCCUUCCCCAGGACCUCUCUCCACGAGGAAGCACAGUGGUGUACGGCGGGCCCUCUCCAGACGGGUGGGGGCCCAUGGGUGCCCAUCCACAACUGCCCAGCCUGGGCCAAAGCACCUCGUCUGGUGGGCAACAGUUUGGGGCCCCUACCUGUC